AUGGAUUCAGCAUUCCCCAUUACACCGGAGCUGGAAUCCCAGGCUCUGAAGGUCCUCCAAUCUGACUACACGUACCUGGCGGCACUCCUCGCCCCCCUUGACUUGCCAGAUGGCUACAGCCAGCCUUCCCGAUCACGUACCAUGUUCACCUUCUUACGACGAUUCCACGCCGGCCCCCUCUCCGUCCGCCUCUGCCAGGUCCUCCGCAACAGCCCUUUUGUCUACACUCGCACCCACGCUGCCACCCUCCUCCGCACUCUCCUCCCUGCAUUUCCCCCGAUCGUCAAGACCACCCUCCUGGAAUGCCUACGGGAGGAAAGCUAUCCCCAAGUCCUCAAGCCCCUGUCCCACGUUCUUUUCGACAUUAUGGAUCGCGCUCCCUGGCCAGAGCUAAUGAAUUUUCUCUUGAAGUCCGUCUGGGAGGACGGAAAGCAGAGGAUUCAAGUAAAUUGUCUUGUGGUUUUCGCACAUUGGAGGAAUUUCGAAAUUCUGAAACCACACUGGGAGGGGCUUCAAGAGGCAAUCUUGAGGAAAUUGGGAUUUGGGGAAGACUCAGAUGUUCAAGAUGCUGCCUUUAGAGCAGCCCUCAAUUUUCUUCAGCCCUCAUCUAAUCUGUCGACCCGAGAUCAGAACGAAGAACAUCUGUGUAGAAUGCUCAAGGCGCUUUGCCAAUUGCUCUUGCACUUCAAUGAAGAAGGCGUUGCUCGGAUGCGGAAAAUGGCAGAGAUGUUGACAAGUGAUGGGAAAUGGAGUGACCUUUUCAUUUUGCUUUCCAUGUGUGUCACUUCGGAAUUGAAAAUCCUUCAAGAAUCUGCUCUGCUGAUUUUUUCUAAGUUACAUAACUGGUCUCCUCCAACGAAGCCUUUAAUCCCUCACCGUGAAGAUCUCCGACUUGCGUUCCUGCACGCACUGGAUUCUUCUGAAUUGUCGACUCGACUCACAGCCUUUUGUGCGGUGGUUAGUUUGACAUUGAUGAAGGUUUUCGAGAAAGUUUCAGACUUCUUGGAGAAAAUGUUGUCUCUGUUGUUUGAAUUGGUGGACAAUAAGGAAGAGGCCAGUGUGCAAAAGGCUCUUUCGGAGUUGCAUGGAUGGGCAGUGGCAAUGCCUGGGAUCAUGAAGCUACGGCUUGAACUUGUGUUCAGAUGUUUGGUUCAGUUUGCUGAUUGUGAUGAGCUUGAGGACAGAACGAGGUUCCUUUCAGUUCAAAUUUUAGUGGAUAUGGCGAAAAAUGCGCCAGGUAUGAUGAGGGGACUGCGUCCGACGGUCAUGAAAACUUUGUUCUCAGCUAUUAUAAGGAUGCUUUCGGAUAUUGAAGAACCAAGGAUUCUCACUAGGGAAAUGGGCUUUCUUAAUCAGCUUUCAGUUGCUCUAUGUGGUAGCACUGUUAUGCCAAUUGCUACAGAGCUGUUACUUGAAUACUUGAGCAAUGAAGAAUGGCAGAAGCGUCGUGCUGGACUUAUUGCUUUUGCUGUGAUUGUAGAUGGAUCCCCAAUGGUUAUGCCUAUGUAUCUAGACCAAAUUUUGGGAAUAGUUUUGAAAUUAUUCAAAGAUUCCAAUCCUGGUGUUCGUCAGGCUGCUAGUUAUGUAAUUGAGAAACUAUCCGUGGAGCUCAGCCCACAAUUACAAAUUCAAUAUCAUCAUCAAGUUAUGCCCGCCCUAGCUCCAGCAAUUGAGGAUUUUGAAAAUCCAAAGGAACAGAUGAAUGCUAUUUUAGCAUUGUUUUUCUUCAGCAAAGGUUGUACCUCAGAUAUAAUUGCACCUUACUUGGAUGAGAUUGUUAACGGACUACUUGAAAUUCUGCAGAAAGAGAAUCAAACUCAAAAGUUGCAGGGGGCGGCUUUGGCAGCACUUUCGUUUGUUGCAACUUCAUCGCAGAAUUACUUCCAAAAAUACUACAACAAUGUUAUGCCUCGCCUGAGAACUAUCUUGCAGGCUGCAUUUGACACAGAUAAGCGCACUGUCUGUGCCAAAUCUGUGGAGUGCAUUUGUUCUGUUGCAGCAGCUGUUGGAAAGCACACAGUUGGGACUGAUGCUGAGCAGGUUUUGGCACAGCUUUUGCCAAUGCAAGUAUCCCUGAAGGAGAGAGAUAACCCAAUAAGAAGUUACCUUAUGCAAGGAUGGGUUAAACUCUACAAGUGUCUAGGAACUGAGUUUGUCCCUCAUAUGAAUGAUUUGAUGCCACAUUUCCUUCAGUAUGCUAAUGAAUUUAUCGAUGAAAAAUUUACUGAGAGGUUGACCUUUAUUAGUUUGCUUUUCAUGUCUUCUAGAACAUGA